GGGGCCCGGGCGCACGGGAGCGGGAGCGGCCCGGAGAGCCCGAUCGCGCCAUGGAGGCGGCGGCGGGCGGCCGCGGCGGCUUUCAGCCUCAUCCCGGGCUGCAGAAGACGCUGGAGCAGUUCCACCUGAGCUCCAUGAGCUCCCUGGGCGGCCCGGCCGCCUUCUCAGCGCGCUGGGCGCAGGAGGCCUACAAGAAGGAGAGCUCCAAGGAUGCGGGCGCGGCCUCGGUGCCCGCGCCGGUGCCUGCGGCCACCGAGCCGCCGCCCGUGCUGCACCUGCCCGCCAUGCAGCCGCCGCCGCCUGUGCUGCCCGGGCCCUUCUUUAUGCCGUCCGACCGCUCCACCGAACGCUGCGAGACCGUGCUGGAAGGCGAGACCAUCUCGUGCUUCGUGGUGGGCGGUGAGAAGCGCCUAUGCUUGCCACAGAUCCUCAACUCAGUGCUGCGCGACUUCUCACUGCAGCAGAUCAACUCGGUGUGCGACGAGCUGCACAUUUACUGCUCGCGCUGCACGGCCGACCAGCUGGAGAUCCUCAAAGUCAUGGGCAUCCUGCCCUUCUCCGCGCCCUCGUGCGGGCUCAUCACCAAGACAGACGCGGAACGCCUGUGCAACGCGCUGCUUUACGGUGGCGCCUACCCGCCGCCCUGCAAGAAGGAGCUGGCCGCCAGCCUGGCUCUGGGCCUGGAGCUCAGCGAGCGCAGCGUCCGCGUGUACCACGAGUGCUUCGGCAAGUGCAAGGGGCUGCUGGUGCCCGAGCUGUACAGCAGCCCUAGCGCAGCCUGUAUCCAGUGCCUCGAUUGCCGCCUCAUGUACCCGCCGCACAAAUUCGUGGUGCACUCGCACAAGGCCUUGGAGAACCGGACCUGCCACUGGGGCUUCGACUCAGCCAACUGGCGGGCCUACAUCCUGCUGAGCCAGGACUACACGGGCAAGGAGGAGCAAGCCCGUCUCGGCCGAUGCCUGGACGACGUGAAAGAGAAGUUUGACUAUGGCAACAAGUACAAGCGGCGGGUGCCCCGGGUCUCCUCUGAAGGCCCGGCCUCCAUAAGACCCAAAGCAGAUGAUGCCUCUCCCCAGCCGCCUGUGUCUUCUGAGAAGGAGAAGCAGUCCAGCUGGCUCCGGACCUUGGCCAGCUCCUCCAAUAAGAGCUUGGGCUGCGUUCACCCUCGCCAGCGUCUCUCUGCUUUCCGACCCUGGUCCCCUGCAGUUUCAUCCAGUGAAAAGGAAAUCUCCCCUCACCUCCCAGCCCUGAUCCGAGACAGCUUCUACUCCUACAAGAGCUUUGAGACUGCGGGGGCCCCCAACGUGGCCCUUGCCCCGCCCGCCCAGCAGAAGGCUGUGCACAGCCCACCGUGCAGUACUGUGGUCUCCCGGGCCCCCGAGCCUCUCCCCACGUGUAUCCAGCCCCGGAAGCGGAAGCUGACUGCAGACACCCCUGGAGCCCCGGAGAUGCUGGUGGCGGUAGCUGCUGUCGAGGAGGACAAGGACUCAGAGGCGGAAGUCGAAGUAGAAAGCAGAGAGGAGUUCACGUCCUCCUUGUCUUCGCUGUCCUCGCCGUCCUUCACUUCGUCCAGCUCCGCCAAGGACCUGAGCUCCCCAGGUGUGCAUGCCCCUCCUGUGGCUGCCCCAGAUGCCACCUCGCACGCAGAUGCCCCGAGUGGGCUGGAAGCAGAGCUGGAGCAUCUGCGGCAGGCCCUAGAGGGGGGCCUGGACACCAGGGAAGCCAAGGAGAAGUUCUUGCACGAAGUGGUCAAGAUGCGUGUGAAGCAGGAGGAAAAGCUGAGCGCUGCGCUGCAGGCCAAGCGCAGCCUCCACCAGGAGCUGGAGUUUCUGCGCGUAGCCAAGAAGGAGAAGCUUCGGGAAGCCACAGAGGCCAAGCGCAGCCUGCGGAAGGAGAUUGAGCGCCUCCGGGCCGAGAACGAAAAGAAGAUGAAGGAGGCCAACGAGUCUCGCGUGCGCCUGAAGCGGGAGCUGGAGCAGGCGCGGCAGGUCCGGGUGUGCGACAAGGGCUGUGAGGCCGGCCGCCUGCGCGCCAAGUACUCCGCCCAGAUUGAGGAUCUGCAAGUGAAGCUGCAGCACGCGGAGGCUGACCGUGAGCAGCUGCGGGCCGACCUGUUGCGGGAGCGUGAGGCGCGCGAGCACCUGGAGAAGGUGGUGAAGGAGCUGCAGGAGCAGCUGUGGCCACGGCCACGCCCUGAGAGCACGGGUGGUGGCGGCGGCGGCGGGGAGGGUGCCCCUGAGCUGGAGCCAUAGCCCAAGCCACCAGUCGCUGGGCACAAGCACGCCAGGCGCGGAGAGCAGCGGGCAGGGUGAGGGCUUCUGCAGGCCUGGCCCGCGCCUCUGUGGCUACACAGCACAACGUCUCUACUGUGCCUAUUACCAAGCGAGUGUUUGUAACUACACACUUUUGGAGUCCACUGCAAAGUUUUCUACUGGCCAAGUUCAAGCAAGCAGGCCUCACCCUCGGGCUGUGGCAGGGCCCAGGCCAGCCUGGCAGCUGGUGCCCGGCCUCUGCUUGCUGGGGCACUCUAGCAUCUACACUUUUGUUAUAAGCUAUUUAAAACCAAUAAGGAGACUUGGUAUUCAGAAAACCCACACGUUUUUUAUGACUAACUUUUAAGAACCCUGUCGCGUAACGCCAUCUGGAGACCCACCGUGGGGAGGGCUGCCCUCCCCGCCCCGGAAGCCAUCUUGCUCAUCUGUGCCCGCGGCUGCAAGAGGACAGCAAGGAUUUUUCUUCAGAGUCUAUUUUUUCAGCGACAAGGACCUGGAUCUCCCUGCUUGUGCUAGGAAGAGCAGGGAGAGUGCCGCGUGCGAGAUGAGCUCAACACUGCCCGCCUUACGCCGCCGCCCCGUGCCCGUGCGCCGCCUCGCGGAGGCACAGCCACCAGGGGCCGGAGCCGCCGCUGCCCGGGGCUCUGC